AUGUCGCAGGCUCAGCGACAGGGUAGUGACUACACCCCAAGCUCCAGCUUCACUGUUCCCACAACGGGCAAAUCCCAGCUUUUUUCGAGACAAGGUUCAGCAGAGGAUCUUAUCUCGGGCGAUCUUUCAGCACAACGAUCGGGCGCGCAAGCCCUCCGUUCUGGUGCCGCUGUCGGUGCCUCCCCCCGCAAACAUACACCCUCUCCCCUGCAUACGAGCGCACGAACCCUGUCACCUCAGCGGACCGAUUCGAGUUUAUCCCAAAGAACCGCAUCACCAAGCUCAUCCGCGACCACCUCGCCGCUCGAAAAUUUAUCUACUAUCAGCGAAAUAGCCCAUGCCGCGUUUCCCACUCCUCCCUCGAGAACCAGUCCAAUCCCGCCGAACACGUCGCUCGCGUUAAGAAAGCGAACAGCCGGAGAAGUCAGCCAGAAUGAUAGCAAAAUGACCGAGCAGACGAAGGAUACCAACAAGGUUCGCAAAGACUCUGAUGCGGCCGAAUCAAGCCAAUCAAUGUCGCCUUCUAUCAUGUCACCAAUCGGCUCUCUGCAGUCAAUCAAUAGAGAAAGACCAGGCCAUCGUGCUAUGCCGCGUACCUCGUCUAUCGAUUCCGCAAUAUCAUCUCUUUCCUCUGCUUCGCAAACGCACAAGUCCGCAUUCAAUGCCAACUUGGUGAGCCAGGCCGAUAUUGACAAUUUAAUAGCUGCGGCCGGGUCACCAGACGCUGUCAUCAUACAUCUUCUAAAGGAAAAGCAUCACGCAGCUUCGCAGAAUUCCCAAUUAUGGAAACUCGUCGAUAAACAGCGGACCCUAAUCAUGGGGUUGAAUAAAGAUCUGGAACGUGCCUUGAAGGACAAGGAACGAUACAAAAAGAAAGUCAAAGAGCUCCAGGUCGCAGCACCACCACUCCCAUCUAAUGAAAUUCACUCCACACAACCUCCUAUUACAGGGGCGAAAAGUGUUUCAAACGGCCAGCCACUAGCACCAGGUGCCAGCGAGAACGCUGGGCAGCCACAGGAAACCGACAAUGCCAGCAACCAGGACUCUCUUAACAAUGCCCCUAGUUUGAAACAGCUUAUUGAAGCCGAGCUACUUACAGAAGAGCCCGAUUUACGCUUCGAAUCCCAAAGUUCUCAACAGCUAGCCUCCAUCCAAGAGACGUCAGCUACAAGCCCGACCCCUUUGGUCAGCCCAGGCUCUACAUUUUGCACAAACAAAGGCCAGAAAUCGCCGAAUCCUGCGCGAAAGCCGCCCCCUGCACCUUUGAAUCUAGGGCAAUCGGAGCGCGCAACUGCGCUACGUGAGGUUUCUGACUCUGACUCGGAAUAUGAGGAUAUCAUCGCGGUUGAAGAGUCGCCAAUAGAACGUGGAAGGAAGAAGACAAGGGCCGACGAUGAUAAAGAACGCGAAACAAUAUUGUCUCGAGAAAGGCCGGACAUCGACCCUCUUGGGCAGAAUCAAGCUCUCUCCCCGAGGACUAUCGAAACUUCAGUGGCUGCCGACCAUUUAUCUUCAGGCGUACGCCAAGUAGCACCACCAGAGGUUUUGGCGUCUGCCAUGAGCCCUCGUGGGGUUCCACCUUCUUUCACGGAUCGUCAUGUCAUGAGUGGCCCAAAGAGCCCCGGUCUUCCACUUAGCCCGAGGCCUGAAGACCGUCCUCUUGGGUCUCCAAUGCCCCGGAUGCCAAGGGAGAUGCCGAGCUCGUUUUCUUCUGUCGCUAUGCCGUCGAGUAACAAUCUCUCUGGGCUUGCAUUAUCACCCCGUCUUGGGAAAUAUCAAGCGCAACCUCCAGUCGGGACCCAAGCCGUGGCAAACACUCCUACGCACGCCCAACUCGCUAUAGAUCCAUUUGGCCGGCCCAUACCCUCGAUUGAUGCGGCUGUGAGGAUUGACAGCCCCCAGUCCCCAAAAUCGAUGCUCAGCGGAAUCUAUCAGGGUUUAAGGUCAGACGACUAUCCAAGUCUUCUUUUACCUCCAAACGCGCUUCCUCUUAUACAGGUAAAAGUUUCAUCGUCAAGACUACGGCCAUCCAGAAAUAGCUACAUGACCUCCAGACCAUUGGACGAGGAACCGGUCUUCACGUUGAGCGUUUUCUCGCGCUCCGAAAAUUCAGAACUCUGGCGAGUUGAAAAGGUCAUCGCUGCGCUACCCCAACUUGAUUAUCAGAUAAGACAACUCGCCUAUCUGCAAGUGAAGCUGCCUGACAGGUCUAUAUUCAGUGGACACUCUCCUGCCAAGGUGGAUGCAAGGCGCGCCGCUUUGAACUCAUAUUUCGAAACUCUCCUCGAUAGUCCUAUGGAUGAAAAGGCAGCACUAAUCAUAUGUCAGUUCCUUACCUCUGAUGCAAUCGAGCCGCGAGAUGAUGAAACGAGCUUGCUCAAAGGCAACAACUACGUAGGCUCUGAAAUUGCACGCGGGCCAGAUGGCAAGCCCAGAAAAGAGGGCUAUCUAACAAAAAGAGGGAAGAAUUUUGGCGGCUGGAAAGCGCGGUACUUCGUUUUGCACGGUCCCGAGCUCAAAUAUUUCGAAGCCCCGGGAGGUGCCCAUCUGGGGACUAUCAAAAUCCCCAACGCUCAGAUUGGGAAACAGUCACAGCCAACAGGGAAUCAGAGCCCUUCUUCGCGGGCUGAUGAUGACGAUUGUGACAAUCAAUAUCGCCAUGCGUUCCUUAUAUUAGAACCCAAAAAGAAAGAUUCUUCAGCCCUUGUACGCCACGUCUUAUGUGCUGAAAGCGAUGAUGAGAGAGAUACGUGGGUCGAGGCGCUCCUUGAAUAUGUCGAAGAACCGUUGGAAAAUGAGUUUUCAAACAGUGGCCAACCCCCGACAGCUGCCAAUAACUCUGCGAACACCGCUGCGAGAAAUAAGUUGUUCUCUAACAGUGGUAGAAAAGGAAGCAAGGGCACUGAUAGUCCGGACUUGGAUAACUCUGAUAGCGUUCAGGGAUUCAGUUUCGAAGAUGCCGUUCCUGCCGAACCACCUGUUAUUGGCCUACCUUCUGAUCCACGAACGCCGCGAUCUCCUAUGUUCCCAACUGGUUCGUUCCACGACCCAGCUGAUAGCAGCCAGUCCGAUCAUGGCCAGAUCUCAUCGAAGAUGAUUUCUGCGCCCACGAACGGAGCUGUGAUCCAAGACGCUGGAGCUUGGGGAAACAAAACUACAACCGGCACCAAGGAGAAGAAGCGUAGCAUCUGGGGUUUCCGUACGAGGUCGUCAAUUGAUCUUGCUUCUCAACUUCAAGCAGUUUCCGAAGGUCCUGCCAUCCAAAUUCACGGAGCUGGCGGCGAAAAGAGAGAGCUCGUCAAACCAGUUUUUGGAAUUCCUUUGGCGGAGGCAGUGCGAGAUUGCGCGCCAUUUGACGUUGAUGUUGAGUUGCCCGCCGUGGUUUACCGCUGUCUUGAAUAUCUCAGGGCAAAAGGAGCGGAAUUGGAGGAGGGUAUCUUUCGGUUAAGCGGUUCGAAUGUCGUUGUAAAGGCGUUGAGAGAGCGAUUCAAUACUGAGGGAGAUGUCGACUUUCUCGCUGGUGACCAAUACUACGACGUGCAUGCUGUAGCGUCGUUGUUCAAACAGUACCUUCGUGAGCUACCGUCCACUGUUCUCACGCGCGACCUGCACAUAGAAUUCUUACGUGUUCUUGACUUCAACGAGAAACAGAAGAAGAUUGUGGCUUUCAAUUCCUUGGUACACAGACUUCCGAAGCCAAACUUAGCCUUGCUACGAGCAUUGGUACAAUUUUUGAUCGUCAUUGUCAACAACUCAGAUGUCAACAAAAUGACUGUCAGGAAUGUGGGUAUUGUCUUCGCACCUACUCUGAAUAUACCGGCGCCAGUUUUCUCGAUGUUCCUCGCAGAUUUCGAAGAUAUCUUCGAUGGUACACCAGAGCUCAACGUGAAUAUAGUGGAGCUGCCCCAUGAUCAUUCUUUGACACCAGAGGACAUUCGGUCUCCUAGGCGUCAAAUGUUCUCGGAUAUUCCCACACCCGCACACAAUCAAACGAGGUUUCCCAGGCCAGGAGACCGCGCAGAUGAGACCAGUUUGCAUAACGAUACCGGUUUCAUUCCCGUGCAGCCGAGCCACGAAGCUUUGUCUCGGGGAAGGAUGGAUCCCCAUAGCCAAACUCCAGCGGCUGUGAGCAGAAUGCUAGGACCGGACUCCGACAAUUCUCGCAAUGCGAAGGCCAAGCGAAGAGAAAGCAAUAUUCUCUUCAUGGAUUUCAAUAACGAUGAUCGGCCUCCAUCUUCCCAUGAUAAUUUCGCUUGA